CCAGGGCUUCAAGGUUGAGCAACACCUUUAGCAAACACUUCCUGAAGCCGAGAAGGGAAUGAACCGGGAGUUUCACUGUCUCACUUGAGAGGAGGCAGGCGCAGAGCCAGCAGCACAGGUCUGCUGUCUGUUGGAGGGGGAAGGGCAGGCCCAUGCUCCCGGGAUCACCCAGCAUGUUACCAGGGCUACUUCUGACGGCCACUUUCCUGCUUUCUGCAGUUCCAGUAAAUGCUAUAAAAGAGCUCCCUGGAGUGCAGAGGUAUGAAGUGGUUUAUCCCAGAAGACUUCAUCCACUUCAUAAAAGAGAGGUCAAGGAACCAGAUCAACAGGGAAAAUUUGAAACUGAGUUGAAGUAUGAAAUGACAGUAAAUGGAAAAAUUGCAGUGCUUUAUUUGAAAAAAAACAAGAAUCUCCUUGCAUCGGGCUACACAGAAACACAUUAUAAUUCCACUGGAAAGGAAGUCACCACAAGCCCACAGAUCAUGGAUGACUGUUAUUACCAAGGACACAUUGUGAAUGAAAAAGUUUCUGAUGCUAGCAUCAGCACAUGUAGGGGUCUAAGGGGCUACUUUAGUCAGGGAGAUCAAAGCUACUUCAUUGAACCUUUAAGCCCCACAAACCAGGAUGGACAAGAGCACGCACUCUUCAAGCAUGAUCCUGAUGAAAAGAAGGCUAACACCACCUGUGGGAUGGAUGACAUAUUAUGGACACAUGGAUCUCAGCAGAAUAUGGCCCCACCUGCCACCAGUCUGGCUAAAUUGAAAGACCAGAAGGUUUGGGAACGUAAGAAAUAUAUAGAAUAUUAUUUGGUCCUGGAUAAUGGUGAGUUUAAAAAGUACAAUCAAGAUCCAGAGGAAAUAAGAAAGAGGGUGUUUGAGAUGGCCAAUUACGUCAACAUGCUUUAUAAAAAGCUCAAUACUCACGUGGCCUUAGUUGGAAUAGAAAUCUGGAAUGAUGAGGAUAAGAUAAAGAUAACCCCAAAUGCAAGCUCCACCUUGGAAAAUUUUUCUAAAUGGAGGGGGAAUGUCCUCCCAAGAAGAAAGCAUCAUGAUGUUGCUCAGUUAAUCACGGCAACAGAACUUUCUGGAACAACUGUGGGCCUUGCUUUCAUGUCUACAAUGUGUUCUCCAUAUCAUUCUGUUGGCAUUGUCCAGGACCACAGUGACAACGUGAUUAGAGUUGCAGGGACAAUGGCCCAUGAGAUGGGCCAUAACUUUGGAAUGUUUCAUGACUCCUACGUUUGCAAGUGCCCUUCUACGGUAUGUGUGAUGGACAAAGCACUGAGUUUCUACAUCCCUACGGACUUCAGUUCCUGCAGCCGUGUGAGCUAUGACAAGUUCUUUGAGGACAAAUUAUCAAAGUGCCUCUUUAAUGCUCCACUGCCUACAGAUAUCAUCUCCACCCCGAUCUGUGGGAACCAAUUGGUGGAAAUGGGAGAGGACUGUGACUGCGGGACUCCCGAGGAAUGUACCAACAUUUGCUGUGAUGCAAAAACAUGUAAAAUCAAAACAAGUUCUCAAUGCGCAUCAGGAGAAUGCUGUGAAAAAUGCCAGUUCAAAAAGGCUGGUGCAGUGUGCAGACCAGCAAAAGAUGAGUGUGACCUGCCAGAAAUGUGUGACGGUAAAUCUGGUAUUUGCCCUGAUGACAGAUUCCGAGUCAAUGGCUUCCCUUGUCAAAAUGGGCAGGGCUACUGCUUGAUGGGCACGUGCCCCACACUGCAGGAGCAGUGCACCGAUCUGUGGGGACCAGAAACCAAGGUUGCAGAUAAGUUGUGUUACCACAGGAAUGAAGGUGGGUCCAAGUACGGGUACUGUCGCAAAGUGGACGACACACGCAUUCCCUGUAAAGCAAAUGAUGCCAUGUGUGGGAAGUUGUUCUGUCAAGGUGGGUCAGAUAAUUUGCCCUGGAAAGGACGUGUAGUAACUUUCCUGACAUGUAAAACAUUUGAUCCUGAAGACUUCAGUCAAGAAAUAGGCAUGGUAGCCAACGGAACUAAGUGUGGAAACAAGAAGGUUUGCAUUAAUGCAGAAUGUGUGGAUAUCGAAAAAGCCUACAAGGCCACCAAUUGCUCCUCGAAGUGCAAAGGACACGCUGUGUGUGAUCACGAGCUCCAGUGUCAGUGUAAAGAGGGAUGGGCCCCUCCUGAUUGCGAUGACUCCUCAGUUGUCUUCCACUUCUCCAUUGUGGUCGGGGUGCUGUUCCCUCUGGCUGUGAUAUUUGUGGUGGUUGCUGUAGUAAUCUGGCACCAAAGCCCCAGAGGAAAACAGAAGAAACUCCAGAGGCCACUGUCUACCUCUGGCACCAGGCCACGCAAACAGAAGAGGAAACCACAGAUGGAAAAGGCUGUUCAACACCAAGAGAUGAGUCAGAUGAAGCUUCAUGCACCCGAUCUGCCAGUCGAGGGCAAUGAGCCUCCAGCUUCUUUUCAUAAAGACACAAAAGUAUUUCCCUCUACUCUUUUCAAGGAUAAGCCAAUGUCUACACCUAUGGGCUCCAACCCAAAAGUCUGAAGCAACAGCUAAGCAAGGAUUAGUGGGUAAAUGAUCAAUGUGGAAGAUUGGACAAUCUGGAUAGAAGAAAAAUAUACUUACUUUCUCACUAUUAUUCGUUCUUCAUACCCAAGGAAGUUAACAUUUCUUGAUUCAUGUUAUGCUUUGAAAGGUUAAACAAAAUUUUUCAAGAGAGACAUACUCGAGAAUCUUUGUAUGAAUUUAAAGUUUCUAUUCUUUAUGCUCAUGGGAAGGAAGAGGACUCUAAAGAAACAGCUAUGAUGCUGAAAUCUCUAAUUAGGUGACUUUCCUAGUCACUCCUCCCCCCUUUUCUUUACUGUGAUGUUAACUAAUAUUUUGAACACAUUGAUAUUAUCAUUUGGUAGAAAUUAAUUCACCUUCUAAUUGAAACAAAAAACAAGAAAUCACGGGAAACUGGAAGGGAUAGAAAUUGUACAUUCAUCAUAAGAUUACCAGCAACAUCUUGAUUGUUUUAACCAUUAACUUGUCAAAUUAGAACCCUCCAUUAAGAAGAAAAUUAUACAAACAUUCUCUGAUUUAUAUAAUAUCUCUUUCCUACAUUAUCUUCUGUUAUCCUUAUUGGCUGUGUCAUUUGAGGUUUACUACAAUUGAAUAAAACUUUAUUAAUUAACUUUUUCAUAGAAUUUUGUAUAAUUCAGUUACUGGCAAGGUUAAAGUAAACUUCACUUUCUAAUUAGAGAAGAUUUGAGUUAAAUAAGUAAACAGCAUAAACCAGAGGUUGUAAACUGGUGGCCUGAAGGACAUGUUUGCAGAUUUAUUUUAUUUGG